AUGUGUGGAAAAGUGGAUGUAAUUAGUAUGAAUAUAAUAUUUUUAUGUAUAAUAUCUGGUAUUUACUGUGUUAAAUAUAAUUUUAUUAGUCAUUUUUUUCACAAUUUAACCUUUACAAACAGAAAAUUUUGUACCAUAAAAGAUUCCAUCAAACCUCAAGAUUCCACAAAUUUACCCAUAAAUUCUUUAAAUUCACCCCUAAAUUCGCUCAGUUUAUCACCAAAUCCCCUCAAUUUACCUCAAAAUCCCCUCUGUAAACUAAGUAAUAAUAAUGUGAACAAUGGGUUGGUGAGGAUAAUAACACCGCCACCGAAUGUAACUGGUGAUUUGCACGUUGGCAAUUUACUGAAUCUUGUAUGUUCCGAUGUGUAUAAAAAUUACUUAAAAUUAAAGGGAUUUAAAGUUAGUAUUAACUUUUCCAACGAUCACGCGGGCCAGUCUUUUCAAAAAAUCUUUGAGUCUCAGGGGAAUAGAAUUAACUCUGGAAAUUCGGCAAAUUCACACGAUUCGGCAAAUUCUGGAAACUCUUUAAACUCGGGAAACUCACAAGAAAAGCUGGAAUUGGCUAAUUUGAUGUGUAAAGAAAUAAGAAACAGGCAUGUAAAUGACAUUAGGAGACUUGGAAUUGACUGGGAAAUCGGACAUUUUACACUUGAUAAAGAUGUGGAAUCACUGGCCAACAAAGUAUUAAAUCAUUUCCAGUCACUUGGCCUACUUAAGGAGAAACUCUGGCCAACUCCUUCCAUACACACAAAUGAUAAGUUUACACCAGUUUCCUCAGCUGACAUAUAUUAUACACAGGAAAAUGUUAGUUUAUACUCUAUGAAUUUGGAAAUUGAAGCUGUAAAUGGUGACCUGAUUGAUCUGAAAGUGUGUACACAGAUUCCAGAAUUUUACCUCGCUACAACAUCAGUAGCUGUUCCAAAUGACAUAUUCACACGUUUAAAGGGGAAAUUUGUAGAUUUACCAAAGAUUAAUAGGAAAGUUCCCAUCAUAAGCAUGAAUAAUGUUAAUACCAGCUUGUCCCAAAGUGUCAAGGAAAUGAAUCUGGGCAUAUUAUUAGCCAAUGGUUACAAUGAUUAUCACGAUCCAGAUCUAGAAAUUAUUAACCUGGGCACUAGUUCCGAGUGUCCAAAUUUGGCUAAUAUGAAACGGAAUCUUCAGGACAUACUGAAACCCAUGACGAAUGUUACGGUGGAUAUGCCCAAAUACACCCACGACCGAAAUGCUAAAGUGUGUAUAGUACCACAGUUACAAUAUGUGCUGGAAACUAAAACUUUAUCUAUCAAGGCGUUAGAAGUAUUGGAUAUGAUAAAAGUGUACCCAGAGAGUAGAAAAUCUAUGAUCCACAAUAGGUUAAAAAAUAUUAAAGAUUGGUGCAUUACCAGGAAUGCCUGGUGGGGAAUUACGCCAAACCUCACUAAUACUGAUAACACGGUUGAGACCAGAGUUUUAGAUACAUGGUUUACAUCAUCGUUAUGGCCCAUGAUUACACAUACAAAUACCCCUGUGACCCGCAGUAUUUUAUUUACGUGUUAUGAUAUUUUGGAGAAUUGGAUCGUUAAAAUGUUACUAAUUUGUUCUAACAUUGAUGAAAAUAAGUUAUUCAGUGAAGUAUAUUUGCACGGAAUGGUGCCCGAUCCGUUCGGGAAGAAAAUGUCCAAAUCACACCAAAACACUUUAAUCCUACAAGAUUUAAUACAAUCAGAACAAACAAACUCUUUCGAUCUUCAUUUAUUCACAUCUACUAACACUGAUGACAUUCGUAACACUGAUGAAAUGAUCCGAUCGAACAUGGUGAGGUUAAGAUUAUGUUCAAUUUGUAGUUUUUCGGACUUUACACAGCCGUUAAAUAAUACUUUUAAUUAUCAAAAUAUUCUCUUCAAAUAUUACCAAAUCUUCAAGUUCCAACAGAAAAACACACGUGACAGUGUUAACAGUAGUCAUAGUGUUACUGAAAGUAACUCAGAUCCAGUGGUGGAAAAGCUAAUUCGUAGUAGAUUAGCUAAAUUAUGUGUUAAAUUGGAGGAGAAUUUGUCGAAAUUUGACUUUUCAAACUGUGUAACAAAUUUAAACGAAUACGUUAAAAUCUUCUCAGACUUCCUCAUACCACUAAUAAGACUCAGUUUCCAAAUGAAUUCUCAGAAUAUUCAACAUUUUAAUCAAUAUUUCACAGAAUUAACCGCAAUAAUGUAUCCAUUUACGCCAACUUUUGUACAAUCCUUCAAACUAAACACUUUUGUCAAUCAGUGGCCUAAACACACUGUGGACACUGAAUCCGAUCAAUUAUUUGACGAGCUUGUAAAUGUCAUUACUAGCCUGAGAAAACGAGUAAAAGACGGUGAAAAUCACAUUAGUAUACGUAUAAACCCUAAAUUACACAGCGAAUUCACUGGAAAAUACAUUAACAGCCUAAUCCAACUAACAUACAAUAAACAACCAAACGUCAUAUACACUGUAUAA